AUGGCCCAUAAACAGUGUACCGAACUUCUUCGAAAUAUUAGUUGGUGCUCUACAUACCCGGUGCAGGAUGCCAUGGAAAAAGUUGCAACUAUCGAAUAUAGCCCAAAAGCUAUAGAUGGGUAUUCGAAAACUCCAAUUGGACGGAACCUUAAGAAGGAAGUAUUCAAAGAGCCAGUUUAUAUUCUUUUUGAACUAGAUACUGAUGAAGACAUCGAUGAAGAAGAAGAUACUGAUGAAGAAGAAGACACUGAUGAAGAAGAAGACACUGAUGAAGAAGACAACGAUGAAGAAGAAGACACCGAUGAAGGCACCAAUGAAGAAGAGAUACAUGAAAAAAAUGCUACUGGUACCUUAAGUAUAUGGAAAUUAACGACAAGCGGGUCUCUAGGAGAGAUUCUUUUAAUAGUCAAAGAAAUUGUCGAGGAAAUGGACUCUCGAUAUUGCUAUUUUGAGGGUCUUCAGAAGCAACCGGAACUUAAGAAUGGAAAAGAUACAUGGCUUGUUAGUCUUGGGUCAUAA